AUGAACUGUGGACCAAUAUACCGUCAAGAAAAUUCUCCAUCCGCACUUGACCCAGGUCAGCCACCCACACACACUGGUUCUCACACACACACACACACACACACACACGUCUUGGCUGCUGCCGCUCUUCUCUCGGGAGCAGCACGGUGGCAGGACGAGUGGCCUCACUGUGGGCGAGAUUGGUAUAGGCGGGGCGCGUGUGGCUUCCAAGCUGCUCAGGAGGGUUCCAAGGAAAGGGGCGGUGAGGGAUGAGAACGGCCUGGCUGCUAUCGACACGCUUGUGGCCUUCGACAUCAGCGGUGAGAUGCUCUACUACGAAACCAUCAACGCCCCAGGCACACACAUGCGCACACGCAGACACAAACAACAUCUAUUCAUUCGCUGACCGCAUUUCCUCGCUGUUCAGACAAGGCGUGUCAGUUGGCCAAGGCUGCCUUCGACGAGGCCAUCGGGCAGCUGGAGACGCUCGGCGAGGAGCAAUACAAAGACAGGUUAUCAAGUAGAUAGGAUGCUCGGCCAUGUGUAACCACUAUGCGUUCGUGUUGGGAUGGUGUGUGUGUCAUUGAUUGCCAUCAAUAUCAGUGCGAUGAUACUGCAGCUGCUGAGGGACAACCUGACCCUGUGGACGCAGGGCGUGCAGGUCAGUCAGAGGGCGGGGGGGCGGGUGGGUAUUCACUGAACGCGGGAUCUGUUAGCAUCAGAUGAGAUGAGUUGUGUGUGUGUGUGUGUGUGGAUCCCUCAGGGCGCCGCUGCUGGCGAGGAGAGCAAGGCGGCUGAUGCUCGAUAG